AUGGGAGCCUUGAGUGUUCAGACUCUCACAUGUCCUCCGUAUAAAUAUCCGACUGGGAACAAAUGCUGUCCAAGAUGUCGUCCUGGAUAUCGAGUUCAAACCGACUGUACAGAGUCCGUAACUACAUGUCUCCCCUGUGAAGAUGGGACUUUCCUGGACAAACCUAAUGGACUUAAACAAUGUCAUCAAUGUUCUAACUGUGAUUUAGGUUCUGGUCUGAAAGUAAAGUGGCCGUGUUCACCAGCAUCAGAUACCGUUUGUGAACCGGUGGACGGAUUCUUCUGCAUCAGUACAAGUCCAGGCUGCACAGCAGCACAGAAACACAGGAGCUGUGGACCGGGACAAUACAUCAGAGAGAGAGGAACAGCCUCCUCAGACACCGAGUGCUCCGACUGCAGCACUGGAACAUUUUCAGAUGGAACGUUGACGUCUUGUCAGCCGCACACACAAUGUGAAACAAAACACCCCCAGGUGAUAAAAGCAGGAACGGCUCCAACUGAUGCAGAAUGUGGAGAACAAUCGUCCACAACUUCAAUCCUGGCAGGACUAGUUGUUUUUGUCGUUUUUUUGUGUCUGGUUGUCGUGGCGUUAAUCAUCUACUACAGAAAGGAAAUAAUAAAAUACGUACAAGAACGUGUUGGAACUGGUGAAAUGGUCAAACAAGGUGGAAGCAACAAUAUUAAACAAAGGACGGCAAAACUGGAUGGAAAUGAAGGGAACAAAGAAUUGCAGGUUUUAACAGAAUAA